UAAAACAAAAAAAGGAAAAACUUACAUAAAACAAAAACAACAAGAAAAUAAUAAGAAAAAAGAAAAACAUAACAAACUAAAAAUAGGUUGUAUAAACGUAAGGGGGAUGAACGAUACAAAAAAACAAGGCGAUAUAAGAAAAUUUUUAUCAAAAGAAAACUGGGAUAUAGCAAUAAUUAAUGAAACUAAACUAAAAGAAGCAAAAGGUAAAUAUAUAUACAAUGGCUGGGAUAAAUAUAAAUGCAUUAACAGUAGCUACAACAACGAAAACAACAAGAAUGGAAUAAUAAUAAUGAUAAGAAGAGAUAUCUACGAUAGAGGAUAUAAGAUAGAAACAAUCAACGGUCACGUGAUUAAAUUCGACUUAUUAUUCAAAGGAAAUCAGAAAAACAUAAGAAUCAUAGGAAUAUAUAAUCCAAAUAACGACAAACCAACUACGAAUAAUAUAGAAAAACAUUUGGCAAAAUGGAUGAACGAAGCAAUAAACCUAGAAUAUGAAACGAUAAUUUUGGGAGAUUUCAAUGAAUCAGCCAAUAACAAGAAAAAAUUAAAACCGUUAACAAACACAAUAUAACAAGAAAAAAUUAAAACCGUUAACAAACACAAUCAAGAAUCAUGGCUUACAAGACAUUCACGAAAGUUUAACAGUAGCGGAAGAUAGACUAGACACUUGGAAGAGUGGAGACAAUUCAUCCAGGAUAGAUUUUAUU